AUGGUCAAGAUAGCGAUUGCCGGUGGCUCGGGCGACCUUGGCCGAGAGAUUCUCGAUGCGCUCGUUGCAACCGGGAAGCACGAGAUCCUGAUUCUGUCCCGCAAUGACACUCCCACUUUCGCGCUCGCACCCGGCGUGACGUGGGUCAAGGCAAACUACGACGAUGCCAACCAGCUGGCCGAGAUUCUGCGAGGUGUCGACACCGUGAUCUCGGUGAUCGUCGUGCACACGGAUCCGGACAACCGCGCGCAGAAGAACCUGAUCGAUGCGGCCGUGCGAGCGGGCGUGCGGCGGUUGGCGCCGAGCGAGUGGAUAACGUCGACCGUGCUUCCUCACAUGCCCUGGUAUGCCGGGAAGGUCGAGAUACGCAAGUACCUCGAAGACAUCAACAAGGACAAGAAGGUCCUCGAGUACACGCUGUUCCAGCCCGGUCUGUUUCUGAAUUACCUGACAUACCCCCACAAAUCAGCCAAGCACAUCGUCCAGCUCGAGUUGCCAAUCAGCUUUGCCCAUCGCCGCGCGCUCAUGGUGGAGGGCAGUGACGAAGCCAAAAUUACCCUCACCACAGCCGAGGACCUCGCCAACGUGGUGGCCAGGGCUGUUGAGUACGAGGGCGAGUGGCCGCGUGUCGGCGGCGUCCGUGGCACGGAACUCACCCUUGGACAGCUCCUUGCCAUCGGAGAGAGGGUCCGAGGCGCGCCGUUCCAUAUCGAGAGACUCGACGCCGAAGACCUCAAAGCCGGCAAGAUCAAAUCUUCGUGGAUGCCUAUGCCCGAGCACCAUGCCAUUUCGCCCGAGGAGCUCGAGAAGCUGAGGCCAACCUUUAUUGGCGGCAUGAUCCUCGGCAUCUCGGCCGGUCAUUUGUCCGUCUCGGAUGAGUGGAAUCGGCUGUUGCCCGAUUACAAGUUCACCCAGGCUGAGGAGUUCCUGGCUGCGGCCUGGCGCGGCAAGCUUGAUGAGAUGGGCUUGUAG